AUGUUUGCACCACUCGGUCUAUUCAAGGAUAUACCUUGUCCUGAAGGGCAAAAUUGCUUGCUCUUGACCUGCAUCUUCUCUCACCGGGACGUCGCCUCCACAUCAGCCUCCCAAGGAGGCCGUCAGAACACUCAUAUACCAAGAACAGUCAAGAACGAAAUAGGAACAACAUCAGGCGAAACAGCUGUCGAACCCAAAGCACAUGCUCCGGGUGACGAGAAAAAGGCCAAGGCAGUUGGCAAGCCGGCAUCUUCGCCCGCUAAAGAGGCACUCAGUCAAGGUUCUGUGUCAAAAGCUCCGUCGAACAAGCCAUCCCAAUUCAAUGGCCAAGCCAACGUCAAGCUUCAGUCCUUAUUAAGGGAAGUUACGCCUCCAGCAAAGCCAACGUCUACAUCAGCCAAAGCAAGCGCUCCCGGCUCUCGAAAAUCUCUCCCACCAAGGCAAGCACCGCGAGAAAGCCUAAACCCUCGGAUGCUGACGAAAGCACCCGCGCCCCAUGGUGUGCGUCUGGCCAUCCUCACCAAGUUGCAUGCCGGUAUGUCUGCUCUAAAUGACAAGUUGGCCAAAGACAAAGAAAGCCAGGACAAAUAUCUUGUUCUCACGCCGAAUGAGCUUAUCACAAUGGCCUUGGAUGAAGAGGAAAAGACCGCCAAAGAGAAUCCAAGCAUAUACUCUAAUGUCAUCAAGCUCCGUAUAGUAAAGCUCUCAAAGAUGAGCAAGGAAGAAUGGGCCAAUGACGUCAAAACCCACCUUAAUGAGCGUUAUUACAAGAUUGCGCCCGGGCCAGAACAGUCAAAACCGAAACCUCUUGACACUGGGCUUAGUGCAAAGGAAGAGAUAGCAUUGGCGAAUAAGCUUGUGACACGUCUGGAAGGUCUCGAGCAGUACGGCUACGUUACAAAACCUCCGACGGACGCUGAAGUGGAAGGUGCCAGGAAAGGUGUUAUUGAAUCCAAGGGAUGGGAAAAGUGCGAUCGGUGUGGAGGCAGGUUCCAAGUCUUCCCUGGUCGUCGGGAGGAUGGAACCUUGACGACUGGAGGGCAAUGCACAUAUCACCCGGGCAAACCUCUCUAUCCGCCCAAGAAGAAGACCGAUCACAUCACGGGGCACAAAGAUGCAUACUUCUCGUGCUGCAACGAGUCAGUGGGAACUUCUGCUGGCUGUACCAAGGGCAAGACCCAUGUAUUCAAGGUAUCGGAAACCAAACGACUCGCAUCAGUACUCCAGUUUCAGAAAACCCCGGAACAACCAGAGAAGGGGCGACUCCCGCCAGUUUGCUUCGACUGUGAAAUGGGUUACACGACACUGGGAUUGGAACUGAUUCGGUUAACCGCUGUUAGCUGGCCUCAAGGCAAGACGCUCUUGGAUAUCUUGGUCAGACCCAUCGGUGAAGUGUUGGAUUUGAAUUCCCGGUUUUCUGGUGUUUUCCCAGAGCACUACACGAAAGCCAUUCCCUAUGGGAGCUCUGGCUCUCAGACGAUUUCACAGUUGGAGGACGGGGAAGUGGACUCGCCUCCAUUGCAGAUUGUCGAGUCGCCUGCUGUAGCCCGGGCGCUUCUAUUCGAAUGCCUUCAACCAGAUACGCCACUCAUUGGUCAUGCGAUCGAUAAUGACCUCAAUGCGUGCCGCAUCAUUCAUCCGACAAUCAUUGAUACUGUGCUCCUCUACCCACAUCCCCGGGGCUUACCUCUCCGUAUGAGCUUGAAGACUCUAUGCCGAAGACACCUAGAUCGAGACAUCCAAACGGGAGGCAGCAGCGGCCAUGACUCAAAGGAAGACUCGAUCGCUACGGGUGAUCUGGUGAGGGUCAAGGCAGCAGAGACGUGGAAGGUCCUCAAGUCUAAAGGCUGGCGCAUACAUAACGACCAGCUUGUGCCUCCACCAGGCGCCGAUGCGGAAGCUGCAGCAGCACAUGGAAGGCUUGGAUCGGGAGCGGGUCAAAAGCGGGCAAGCUCGGCGUUGGGAGAGUAA